CAGAUCAGCGCUGCUCAGUGAGCUCGCAGCAGCCAGGGCGGUGAGCAGGUGGAAUACCCGCGAGGUGGCACCAGGAGAACAGGGCUGACAGCAGCGGCAGGGCAGGAGCGGAGCCGAGACAGCACUGAUUAAUUAAUUAAAUGUGAUAAGAGUAAUAAAGUGAACCUCCGCGUCUUGCUUCCUCUAGCACUGAGGGAGACGCCUCACAGGACGCUGGAAAAGAGCACAGCAGGAUGGUGAUUUGUCGGGAGCAGGGCUCUUGGGGAGGAUCUCCUGCCAUGCUCCUGCUCUUUGGCUCUUCCACUUGUCCCAAGGAACCGGCUUAAGGAAUCACCCAGCAGCAGCAGCCACCAGGGCAUCGCUGUGCCCGUGGCUCUGGCUUUCUCUGCUGCUGUCGUGACAGAAACUGCCCGAUGGUGUCAGAACUGCUGCACAUCGAGACCACAGGAGGCCAAGAUGAGCAGAGAGCACCUCUCCCACGAGGGAAGGCUGGGAGAAUUGGGAUUGUUCAGUUUGGAGAAAAGAAGGCUCCAGAGUGACCCAAUUGCAGCUUUUCAGUGUGUUUCUCAUCUGGGAGCUGACAAGAAAGAUGGAGAGAGACUGUGGACAAAGGCCUGGAGUGCCAAGGCAAGGGGAAAUGGCUUCCACUGCCAGAGAGCAGAGAUAGAUGGGAUAUUGGGAAGAAAUCCUUCCUGUGAGGGUGGGCAGGCCCUGGCCCAGAGAAGCUGUGGCUGCCCCUGGAUCCCUGGAAGUGUCCAGAGCCAGGCUGGACAGAGCUUGGAACAGCCUGGGACAAUGGAAGGUGUCCCUGCCCAUGGCAGGGGAGGGGGCACUGGAUGGGCUUUAAGGUCCCUUCCAGCCCAAACCAGUCUGGGAUUUUAUGAAUUUCCAAUUCCUGGCUCAGAGGGCACAUCCAAACAGCUUUGUGAGGAACGCUAACAGAACAGUCCCAGGAAUACAGUAAGAGGCUUCCCAGGGAUUUUGAAGUUGUGUAUCAUUCUUCUGUUCCUCUUGCCCAGAGUCAGGACAGCCUGAACCACAGCUCAGCACAAGGAGGAGCUCACGGGAGUAUCCCCAGGAUCUUCUGGGAUGUUUGGCUUGUGGCACAUGAGGAUUUUACUAGGAAUGACACAACUGGUCUUUUAUAUCUAUUUCCUGCUAUAAACAAUUCCAUAUAAAGCAUUUCAUAGAAACACAUUUUGUUAUGCAAACACACUAAAAGAGGGAGAACAGUGUGAGUACAUAAACUUACUGCAAAUGAUUAAUGAGGCAGUAAUUAGCCAGAGGAGCAUUAAUGGGCUGUGAGCAAUUCAGAUAAGCACAAGGCACAUGCCAGCCUGGGAGCAUCACUCGUGACACCAGAGACAAAGCGGAGCCGGAAUCAGGGCUUGGCUGAAAACUUUGUCAGUGGAGGACAAGAAAAAGCUAUUUUUCCAGCACAAAAGUCAGACAAGUCACCCCCACCCACAGGUAGAACACAGGGCAGAUAGACAUGGAGCAUAAAUUUAUCCCAACUAGUUCUACACUUUUUAUAUUGGGAGUGUAGUUGUCCCUCUUGGUGUCUGUUCCAACUUCCAACAUCUGCAAGGUGUUUUUAUAAUGUUCUAGUAAUUAUAAAUCAGGAGAUUUUAAGACAUUUCCAUUUUGGACGUGGGAACUGACAGCAAAUUUGAAGCUUCUAAACUAUUGUAAUAGUGGUAAGUCUGUUUUCUACUUUCCCAGAUCUUUUUAGCAGCAUGAACUUGCUGACAAAGAGUUAUAUGAAAUCCGAAAGAAACUUUUCUCUUUAAAGAUAAAAUGAGUCUUGCAGUUCACCAGCCUACUUCCAGACAUUCCUGCACUUUGAUACCAGCUUCUGCAACUGAGAGAUACUCGGGCUCCUAAAAUUUGGGGUCAUCCAAAAGUCCAUCAAGCACCACAACAUGCCACAUCAGCAGAAACACAGCAGUGCUCAGGCACUUUGACGAAGUUUGCUUACGACAAACCUUCUAUUUCUCAGCAAAUAAGAACAAGUUCUUCUCACCUCAUCCCCCUCCAGCGAGUUCAUGAGAUUAGAGCCUUCCUGAACUCCUUGCCCUCCUCAUCUGCAGUUGUUUCAUUUCUUUCUGCUGCUCCUCUCUGGGAGGGAGGGGGCACAGGCAGUGUGAGCAUUCAGGUGCACUUGAGGCUACCAGUGUGGUACUGUGUGUCUUCUGCUGGUAACACUGACCUCACCUGGCUUUUUGGGAUUAGUGAUCCUUCUCUUCUUUCUUUCAUUCCUUCCUUCCAUGGGAUUCUUGCUAAGAAACCAUCUGUAUUUUACUGCUCAAAUAAAAAGGCAGAAAGAAAUUAGAGACUGAGGGAUUUUGUUCAGGCAUUUUUUUCAGUUGAGAUGAAUAUUCACAAAGUCAGUCAAGGAAGGGCAUUCCCAAGUGCACAAGGUUGUUUGGUGAACACCACAGGAAAGAAGAUGGUCCCACCAUUUAGGAGACUGGUCUUGCUUUUAGUUUUCUAAUCUCUUUCAUGGACCCUGAGAGACCCUGUGUGGGCCUCAGUCAUGCUUUAGUUUGUACUGGAAACCUUUUGAUGACUAAAACAAACAGGACAAAAGAGUUAUCCUAGGCUAAAAAAAGAGGUACCCUAGGAUAAAAGAGCUAAUAACGAUUGGACAUUCAACAGUCAAAUUAAUUAUUUCAAUCUCAUUCUUCACUUGGUGUUGUCAGAUAAUAAGUGUUUCUAAACCAAGAGCAAACAUCCUACCCAGAGAGCCCAAAACUGGUGAUACAUAUGCUUUAAUCAAAGCACUGCAUUCAACACACCAAUGUCAGAAACAGGUAAUUCCCCCAAGCCUGUCACUGUCUAGCAGAGCACUGUUUGGAGAACAAUGAAAUUACUUUCAUCUAAGAGUGUUCUAAUUUAAUAAUAAAUAAAUAAUGGUAGUGUCUGGCUGUCACAGUGGUCUGCUAAUGCCAUGGAGUCUGCUUCCGGGCAGGAAUUGCCCACUGAUAUUAUCAGUCAUUGUAAACUGUCUUGGCUGGGAAGUCAAUCAUUAACUCUGGUCCUCAUGUCAUAAAAACAUCAUAUUGUAAGAGCAUGACUCGCUUAAGGCUCUCACUAAUCAAUCAGGCAUACAGCAGGAAUACAGCAACACAUAAAAGGAGCCAGAGGCUCGGGAAAUCCUUCAGCUAAGGGGAGACAAGCUGCACCGAGGUUUAUCUCCAUGGAGAAAUCCACUGACAAGCCAAACAAGGAAAACAGAUCGUCAGCUCCUGGAGCACUGCAGGCUGAGGCAGACAGUCCAGCGCCCGUGGCAGGAGGUGCUGCAGAAAUGAGCAGAGCAGGAUCCGUAACACAAAACUCAAAACAUGAGAAGAGAGUGGGAUUCACUGAAGAGUGUACUGAAGAAAUGGAGAGACCUUCAGGAACAGAGAGAGACAGUCCUGCUGCCUUUAAACCAGCAGUUUUGGAGCAAGACUCUCCAAACUCAAGGCCGCUCGCUGUGCUAACGGACACAAACUCUCCCGAAAUGAGCACGUUGGAACUGAACCACCAGUGCUCAGACACAGCCACCCUGGACAUGGACUGCAUGAUCUGCUUCAACAAGUACAGCAUCUACAGAGUCCCAAAGCUCCUGGACUGCCAGCACACCUUCUGCGCUGUCUGCCUCAAGCUGAUCCUCAGGAAAGAGGAGAGCACCUGGACAAUCACCUGCCCUCUCUGCAGAAAGCCCACCUUUGUGUCAGGAGGGCUCAUCCGCACACUCCAGAAUAAAGAAGACGUCCUGGAGCGCUUGGAGAACCUUGGUUCAAACCCUGAGGUGUACGUCUGUGCCAUGGGGCUGGAUGGCAACAGCUGGACUCAGAGCAGCCCAGACAUCUUGAACACAGAGGAAAGCAGCGCAGCACACAGCAGCCUGGCUGUGCAGAGACUCCUGCUGCUCCUGCUGCUGGGGGUGAUCCUCGCCAUGCUCAUCCUCCCCUUCAUGUACUCAGGGAGGGUGAAAUGGGUAAUUUGUCUCCUGCUUACUUUGGGGUUGCUCAUGUCUAUGGUGCUUUGCUGCACUCCUAAAUUCCACUGCAGGUGCAAGAAGGACUCCCCUGCCUCCUGUGACAAGGAGAUCCACGUUGUUACUGUUGCCUGAAACAAUUAACCUACCUGUUCCAGAGAUCAGGGACUGGGCCAAGGUGCAUGCUGGGCACACCAGUGAGUUUUGGACUUAAAAACAAUCUCUCAGAGAAUAAAUUCAACAGUUGGCUGAGCUGGCUCAAUGCCAAUGCACACUGUUGUUAAAUCUCAUUACUGCAAACAAAAUUAACUAUUUAUAUGUUGAUAUUUAUGUGUUUUCACACUUUUUUUUUUUUUGUAAUUGUGUUGGUUUGCUUUUGCCAUUUUGUUCAUGUCUGUGUCCCCUCCUGAUCAGCUCUGCAGGAUGUUAUCUGGAACAUCUGGGAGGUGAUGUCCUGCAAAACUCCACAGUUGUGGUUCCCACUCUGAAAACACAGACACCUUUUCUUGGGACAGAGUGGGAAAUAAGGCUGCUAAAUCAGGGAGUGGGUGUUUGGAAGAGAGUUUUUUUAACCCAGAUUAUCACCUCAAUCCCUGGCAGGGAUGGGAAAAGGGGAUGUCAGUUGAUGUCAUUUGAAAUUACACACAAAAUUGGAGAGGAAGAGGCAAAAUCAACAUUCCUGAUCUUGGUUUGUGGCUUGCAAAGGGCAAGGCUCAAAAACCUCAUGACCCUCCAAAUUCCCCACAUUAUGUAGCACUGAAAUAGUUCCUCUCACCUGUAUUCCUUUAUCUGGCAAACUGCAGGACCUCUCUUCUUGCCCCCUUUACAUUGCUCUUGAAGAUGCUCACAGAGGUAAACAGAAAUCCAUUGACUGCACCACACCAUGUGUGAUAUUUUAAAAUGGAAUGUCUCCAUUAAAUUUAAAUAAUAUGAAUUGCUUAUUGACUUCUUUGUUUCAAUUCCUCAUUGACAGUUAAUGUCAAAGCAAUUCCUAGUUUCCUUAUUGACAGGAAUUGUAGCUGAAAAAGUGUAUUAGGGAGUCUGCAGAGCUGAGGUGGUGAGUAAAGCAAAGCAGUAAAGUGUUGGGGUGUUCCUUCAUUUAAAAAAAUACUUAGUUACUAAGAAAAUACCCUGAAACCCAACUAAAAUUAAACUGAGGGAAAAAAUAGAUUUCUCUAGUUAAACUGCAUGUUUAAGAGUGUCAAGGAUCUCAGGAGACCUUGGAUCAGGUAAAUAUUUGUGUUUGAUAAGAAUGGAAACUGAUGUCCUGCAGUUGCUCAGUAUAUAAAUACACAGUGUCUCACAGCAGAUAAAACAGAUUAGACUAAGAGGGUAGGAGCUCUUGGGCAGCUAAAGUCUUGGAAAACACAGUUUUGUUUUCUGCCAGGAAUGGGAGCCUUCAGGGAAUAUAAAUCCUCUGGAUAUUCUCAGCUCUUUGGACAGCAACAAGGCUUACUGCAGAAUACAUAUGACAUUUGCUAAUCACCAACCAGAAAAAAAGCUUUCCAGCUGGGAAAAAAAGCAGGUAGUUUUAAAACCAAAUACUGCAUUAUUCCAAAUAUAAAGACUGGACCAGAUAUUUAGCUGCACUGAAAAUAAUUUCAGAAACACUGGGCAAGUCUUAAAGCUCACAGACAAUAUUGUUGUUGAGUUCCCUUCACCAAUACCAGUGGGUGACUAGUACUGUAAAGGUCUGUAACAAAUAAAUUAAUAUUGGCCUGAA